GUAUGGUUUCUAGUGGUAAUAAACGUGUCAUCCGUGAUCUUGCAGUCCCCGCAGGCCUCCCUCUUAGUGAGACAACAUUUGCAGCCUUGUUAAAGAAGCAAGGAUACAGCACGGGGCUUAUAGGUAAAUGGCACCAAGGCUUGAACUGCGGCUCCCGAAGUGACCACUGCCACCAUCCAUAUAAUUAUGGGUUUGACUACUACUAUGGCAUGCCGUUCACUCUCGUUGACAGCUGCUGGCCGGACCCCUCUCGUAACACGGAAUUAACCUUUGAGAGUCAACUCUCGCUCUGCAUGCAGCUGGUUGCCAUUGCCGUCCUCACCCUAACCGUUGGAAAGAUGAGUGGCUGGGUCUCCGUUCCCUUGCUCCUAAACUUCUCCAUGAUUCUGUUUAUUUUCCUCUUGGGUUAUGCUUGGUUCUCCAGCUACACGUCCCCUUUAUACUGGGACUGCCUCCUCAUGAGGGGGCACGAGAUUACGGAGCAGCCCAUGAAGGCCGAACGAGCUGGAUCCAUUAUGGUAAAGGAGGCGAUUUCCUUUUUAGAAAG